GCGACAUUCGUUCAGGCAUUUUCUUGGCCGUCAAGGGGUCCUUCUUUCUUUUUCACGUCCCUGAGUGAGGCAGCUGCCAAGAUGAAUGACACAGUGACCGUCAGGACCCGAAAGUUUAUGACAAACCGCUUGCUUCAGAGGAAGCAAAUGGUUGUUGAUGUCCUACACCCUGGAAAGGCGACGGUUCCUAAGACUGAGAUCAGGGAAAAGCUUGCCAAAAUGUACAAGACCACUCCAGACGUGGUGUUCGUCUUUGGCUUCAGGACACAGUUUGGUGGCGGGAAAACAACAGGCUUCGCGAUGGUCUAUGAUUCUUUGGAUUAUGCCAAGAAGAAUGAGCCCAAACACAGACUUGCCAGACACGGCCUGUACGAGAAGAAAAAGUCUUCCAGGAAACAGCGCAAAGAACGCAAGAACAGGAUGAAGAAAGUCAGAGGGGUUGCCAAGGCCAACGUUGGUGCUGCUGGCAAGAAGUGAGACCAGACAUUCAGGGAAUGGCGUCCUGCUCAAGAUGUUCUUGUAUAUUGUCAUCAAAUAAAUUGUAAAGAAAAAAA